UCUGAUUUGAUGGCGUAGUAAGAAUGUUCACCACUACUUCCUGUUUGAAGUUGUACGUUACAACAAAGGGACAGUGUGGUUAUAUUUUAUAAACUUUUUUUUUUCAUGGAGUGUAUAAUGGCGGAUACUACAGCACAGAAGGUUCAAGAAUACAAGGAUUCCUUAAAAACAAAGGCUGAACAACUAUUAUUAAAAGGAUUUCCAGAAAAGAUUGUUAAAUUGAAUGAAUUAUUGGAAACCCCUGGCUUUUGCAAUAGAAAAUUAUCAGAUGUUCAUCAAGAUUUAAAUGUACCCAUUCCAGAUCCUAUUAUUCUUAAUCAUUCCGAAAAUGAUUCUACUACAAAAAAACGAAAAGUAGAUAAUAGUAUAGAUGAUACCAGUGGAACCAAAGUAAUGGUUUUACCAAAUGGACCUGUACCUUGUAACAAGCCCUUGUGUGAUCUUAUUCACAUAGUCAAACCUUAUAUUCGACAACUAUUGGAAGAUUCUAAUUUGUUGAAAAUGUGGAUUUCAUUUUUGAUUCCAAAAAUUGAAGAUGGUAAUAAUUUUGGUGUGUCAGUACAAGAAGAUACACUUGCUGAAAUACAGUCAGUUGAAAGUGAAGCUGCUGCAUUUUUUGAUCAAAUAUCUAGGUAUUUUAUCUCUAGAGGAAAGAUUGUUAGUAAAGUUGCAAAAUAUCCACACAUCAGCGAUUAUAGAAGAGCAGUUCAAGAAUUAGAUGAAAAAGAAUAUGUAAGCUUAUGGCUAGUUAUGUGCGAGGUCCGUAAUCGUUAUUGUUCUUUGCACGAUUUGGUAAUCAAGAACUUGGAGAAGAUAAAAAAACCUCGCUCUUCCAACGCGCAAUCUUUGUAUUAAAUGCUAUAUAUGCUAUUUCUAUUGAAUAAUGUACAGGAUUGUAAUGGAAAAAGAAACAAAAAGAAAAAAAAUCUGCACGCCGGAGAGAGUGUUAUUCUUGAUUUUUCAAUAGAAAAUUCAAAUUUUUUUUUUUUAUUUGAUCGCCGUGACGUUGACUCAUUGUCAUUCACUUGAGCCAUAUCCAAAGCAAUUUAAAUCGGCAUUAUAAGUUACAAUGAUAAUGAUUCUGCACACUUUAGCAAAAAAUAUAUAUAUGAAAGGAAAAUACAUUGAGUAUCAUUUAAGCAAAUUCAACUAUAAUUGCAUUUUCCACUAACAAAAAGUUAAAAUAACUUUGAAUCUUAACUGUUUAAUUAUUACAAAAUUUCUCAUAAUUUCAAUUUUCCUAUUUCCUUCCUUUAAUAAUAUAAAUUUCUAUUAUCAAUUUUCUUUUUUUUAAAUUUUCAUAAAUUCUAUUUAACUGCACGGUGUGACGUACUUAUAAAAAAUAGAAAGAAAAGUGUUGAAACAUUUAUCUUUUCACCUAUAUACUUGAAUUUAGAAUAUAGUUAAUAAGCAUGUAAUUUGUAAUUUACAGUUGUAAGAUUGUUAGAACAUAAAUUGAAAUAUGACAAAUUUUUUGGUAAAUCAUAUUAACUUAAAAACCACUUUUUCUCUUAAUCGUGAUUUACGAUAUGAAAACCUGACCCAGAUUUUAUUUUUAGUCAUAAAUUAUAUUAUUCGGAAUUGCAUUCUUCUUUUGUUUUUAUUGUUUUUAUUUUAAAUAAUAUUAAAUGUAAAUGUGUGUGUACAUAACUGUUCAUUUAAAAAUACGUAUCGUUAUUACACAUACUAUAUUUUAUUACGAAUAAAUUUCGUUGUAUGCGAAUGAUGCAAA